AGCGAAUGAAUGUGAAAGUGUGAAACGGCAACGCUAUGAAGAGUAAUUUGGGCUCUUUUGGCGGAUGACAUGCGGAAAACUGCUACAUAACACUCCAAAGAUGGCACCACGAUCGCGAUUGCUACUGCAGGUUCUGCUGAUCUGCCUGUCGCUUCAUCUAGCCUGGGCUCAAUAUUUCGGUCAGCAGCUAAAGAGCGUCACUCAAUGGAAAGCAGCUGACUUUGCAUUCUCGACACCACAGGAACGGCAAGAGGCGCUAGCAUCGGGGCGAUAUAUUCCUGAGAAUUGUGUUCCACUCGACAUGGAUGUUGAUUAUUCUAAUCCUGCUCGUUCUCGGCUGUUUGUAACUAUUCCCCGGUUUGUGGAGGGUAUCCCCUAUACACUGGGUAAAGUGAGUAAAACUCAGGGACCAUCGGGUCCACUGAUCGAACCCUACCCGUCCGCAGCUAUACAGGCAUUUCCGGAGAGCAAUAACUGUCAAGGAAUUGUGUCCGUUUUCCGCAUAAAGAUCGAUGAAUGUAACCGAAUGUGGGUACUUGAUACAGGAAAGAUUGGAGAAAAACGUAUCUGUCUGCCACAGUUGCUGGUGUUUGAUAUGAAAACCGACACACUGAUCCAUCGCUAUCAAAUCCCUGCUAGCCAGCUUGUCUGUGAACUCUCGCUGUUGGUGAACUUGCUCGUAGAUGUCCAGGACCCAUCACCGCUUGGAUCGUGCAAGAAUACGAAAGUGUACAUGGCGGAUGUCACCGCACCGGGCAUGAUCGUGUACGAUAUGGCAAAAGGCAAAUCGUGGCGCAUAACCAACAAGCAAAUGCAUCCCAACCCGGACCAUGGCACCUUCACCAUCGCCAACGAGAGCUUCGAUCUGAUGGAUGGAAUCGUGGCCAUGGCUUUGUCUCCACGCAUACCAUCGGAUAAUGUGGUAUUUUCAUCGAACUACGGUACAAACUGGCGCCCGUCCAACGAUCGGCUGCUGUACUUCCACGCACUGGCAUCAGUGACGGAGAAUGCGGUCCGAACCUCCGUGCUGCUUAAUGACACCGUUUGGGAGGAGAGUGCAGAAUCGCUACCUAGAGCUUUCCGGCCAAUAGGUACACGUCCAUCGCAGACCGCCGCAGAGGCAAUGGAUAGCAAUGGGAAUCUGUUCUUUGGGCUGGUGGCACAGAAUGCAAUCGGCUGCUGGGAUUCGACGACACCGUACAAUCCGUCGAACAUGCGCAUCAUUUCCCAGAACAGUGAAACGUUGCAGUUUCCCAGCGGUGUGAAGAUCGUACGCAACCGCAAAGGGGCCGAAGAGCUGUGGGUGUUGACGUGCCGUUUGCAGAAGUUUCUGACGGGUACGCUGAACACCAAUGAGACCAACUUCAGAAUACAAGCCAUACAGAUUCCGGAGUUGCUAGGGUAUAAGAGCUCGUGUCGAGUGUGAAUGUU